AUGUCACGAUUACAUCACAUUCAACCAGAAGUAUCAAUUUUUGCUGUUUCUCCAAAUCCUCCUCCCAAACCAAGGAAAAUUAAAAGCGAACCUCCUCCUUUAAAACCAGCCAUAUGGCCUUCCAAGCAACCUGCAGCAUCUAUGCAAUUACAACAAUUCUUAAAAGCUCAACGACUGAGUCAAAAGCAACUAGUUCAAAGAGCGCCCCCGCCACUAAACAAAAUGCAAUAUUUUGCUAAUGAUAGCCGUACAGAGUAUCAAAAACAACAGCAGGCAAUGCAUCAAAAAAUGAUGCAGCAACGUGCCAUAAUAAGUAGCCAUACAAACAAUAAUAGUAUACGAGAAGAUUCUCCAAACCCAAUGGAUUUUUUAGAGAUUGGAGUUCAUGCUGGUAACUGUAUCAUCAAUAAUAUUCCAAGGGAAAAACCGAGAUCCAAUUUUAAAUCGGGAGGAAGUUUAUCACAAUCGGAUUCUGGAAGUCGUCGUAAAAAUGCUAAUCCGAGAAAAGUAGCUCGAGAAAAUGAAAUUGAACCACCGGGACCAAGUGAUCACUUUCUGCUUUCUCAGAUAAAACAAGAAAAUCUUCGUCAAUCCUGCUUGUUAUGUGAACGAAAUUUUAGUAAUAAAAUUGAUUUAAGUCAACAUAUAUCUGAAGUGCAUGGUAUUGAACCUUCAGAUUUACAUAAAUUAAAUGGACAUUUGGGAGAAGAUGAAGAACUUGCUGAAAGUAUGAUGGAAGCUGAAACUGUGUUUUUUUGUGAAGUAUGUACUAGAGAAUUUCAAGACAAAGCUAGUCUUUGGUUACAUAUGGUCAGAGGUCACAAACAGGAAGCUGCAGUGACAUGUGGAGUAUGUAUGAAAAUCUGCACUGAUAGUAAAUCUCUAAUGGAACAUGUAAAUAUCCAACACCCUAAAAAUUGUGAUACUGCAGACUCCGUACAACGUAGAUAUAGAUGUCAGGUGUGUGCACGGCAACAUGAUACCAAGAAAAAAAUGAUGAGACACGUAGUCAUCCACACAGUAUACGAUAAUGAUGGUCAAAUUAUCGAUCCUGAUAAAUUAAUAAUAAUCAAUAAUAAUUUUCAUCCGACCAAGUCUUCAAAUAAUGAACAUUACACAAUUAGUUGUCAAGUAUGUCACAAAGUAUUUCCAAGUGAAGAAAAACUUUUACGACACAUGUCUUCAGUUCAUUUAAUGACUGGUUGUGAUGAUAUGAUUACUACAACAGCUGUAACAACCACUGGAAAUUCUUCUCAAAAUAGUUUUGUGAAUCGUUGUGAAUUAUGUGGUGAUUCAUGUGGUUCUCGUACUGAAAAAUGGUGGCAUGUGCUUAAACAGCACGGUACUAAUGAAACACUUAUAUGCCCAAAACCAGACUGUAGAAAAUUAUUUGUGUCACAAUCUUUACAAAUUGAACAUCAAUCUCAUCACGAAACCCAAGGUGAACUUCCUAAUACCUGUGAAGUAUGUGGGCGAUUAUGGCCUAAUCGAAAUGAUUUUUAUAAACACAUAAUGGCUGUACAUGCUGAAUGUAUGCCUUUAUUAUGUGGUAUAUGUUUGAAAGUUCAUGUGGAUGUACCAACACUUAGAGAACAUAUUAAAGAGAAACAUGAGCCUUUAGUGUCUAAAGAGAAUGCUAUUUAUUGCGAUAUAUGUGGACGCACCUACACCAAAUGGUCAAAAAUGAUGAGGCAUAGAUCAAUUCACAAUGUUGAAGAUCAGGUAUCUCACUUUGUAACAGAUCAAUUAACUGAAGUGAAUCUUAAGUGUACGUUGUGUCCUGAUACUGAAUUUAAAACUGUUGAAGAGAUAUCUGAACACAGAAAGAAUGACCAUCAAUUGCAUGUAUGUGAUCUAUGUUCAAAAUACUAUAGUGGCAAUAAUCAUUUAUGGAAGCAUGUUAGUAGACAACACAAAGGUCAUCCAGACGUCACAUGUAGCUUAUGUGCACGCACAUCUGCUUCUAAAGUUCACCUCAAAAGACAUAUGAUAAAAUAUCAUUCUGAUCCUGUGGAUCAGCUUAUAGACAAGUCAAAUAAUAGUAUUUGUGCAGAAUUAAAUGCUGUUCACCAAUGUAUAAGAUGUGAUAAAGUGUUUAGGAUUAGAAGUUUACUGAAGAAACAUCUUAAAUACUGCAAAGGUAAAAGAGAUGCAAUGCCAAUACCCAAAGAAAAAGGUCAUUAUCCUUGUACAAAAUGUGGUAAAACGUUUGAAUAUCAGACUUACUUAAACAGACAUUUAAAACAUAGCCACUUAGUUCAGUACUGCGAGAUAUGUUCCGAGGAUAAAACUGGUGAACACUUUGAUAAUAAAAUGUUACUAAUGGAUCACAUCAGAGACAAACAUGGAAAUGACCCUGAGUUGUGUUGUGAUGUUGAAGGUUGUGACAAAGUUAUGAGAACUAAAGUCGAUUGCCAGAAACAUAAACGUGAUCAUGUUCGUAAAGUAUUUUCAUAUGUUUGUGAAUUUUGCGGAGAUAUGCACUCAAAUAAGAAAACCUAUAGAAAACACUUGAGGCAGCGACACAAAGGAAACACUCAGUACUUAUGUGGUGUGUGUAUGGAAGUAUGUGUUGACAAUGAUGGUUUAUCAAAACAUUUACAUGAAGCACACCCUCAGACAUUUUCCAAGUCAAAUAUUUGUCAGAUUUGUGGAAAAAUGUUUACUCUUGGUAGUAAAGUUGGGGAACACAUAGAUAAAAUUCAUGGAAAAAAUUUAAAACCUUGUAAAAUCUGUUGGAAAGUAUUCAGUGAUAUGGACAAACUUAAAGAUCACAUUGAAAAUCAUCCAGCAAAAGAGGAUUUCCCUAAAGUAACUACCCCUGUGAAAAAACCAAUAGAACCAAAACCAAAAACUCCCAAGCUAUAUGGUCUUCCUAAAGAACUUGCUGAGCUCGGUUUCAAUGAAGAGCAACAGGAAAGUUUGAAACGAGAUAUAGACGAUGUUACUUCAGAUAUAAACACAAAGAGGCUAAGAAAAUUACAUUCUUGUACGGUUUGCUACAAAAGCUUUAGAUUUGAAACAGAUCUAUAUGAUCACAAACGAGAAGAGCAUUCGAUUAUUGAAGACAGUUAUAUGGAAGAAGAAACUGAUCGCAAAGAACAACAGCCACCUGCACCAAAAAGUAAUAAGACUGUAUGUGGUAUAUGCAAAAAAGAAUGGAUAAGUUUGAAACAUUUUUGGCAACAUUUAAUAAGAGCUCAUCGCACCGAAGCUGCAUUCGUUUGUGGUAUUUGCUGUAAGAUAACUAAAAAUUAUGACGAGCUAGCUUUACAUUUAGACAAUCACCAUCCGAAUGCCACUGUUUUGUCAUUAUUUGCUUGUGAUGUCUGUGGUCGCAAUCACAAUGCAUUUUCAAAACUCCAAAAACACCGUAUUAUACAUUCAACUGCACCACCAGCGUUCCCGAAAUUCCAUUGCGAUGAGUGUGAAUUGGUGUUUAAUUCAAAGUCAUAUGGAGAGAAACAUAUAUUAGGCCAUGGGCCGGGUAGUAAAUUAUGCAAAGGUAAAGAUUUGUGUCAAGAAAUGGAUGAUGACAUGUUAGACGAACAAAUUGAAGAGGAAGAAGAAGAAGAAGAAGAGGAGGAGGUAGAAGACGGCGGAGAUGCUGAAACAGAAAAUAAAGGAGACGAUGAUGAUGACGAGGAGGAGGAGGAGGAGGAGGAAGACGUCGAACAAAAUGACGACGAUGGGGAUGAUGAUGAUGAUAAUGAACAAAAUGAUGAUGUAGAAGAUGAUGAAGACGUGGAACAGAAUGCUGAAGAAGAUGACGACGACGAUGAUGAACAAAAUGACGAUGUUGAUGCCGAAGAAGAUACGGAGCAGGUUGAAGCAGAUGAUGACGAAGAAGAUGUAGAGGAAAAUGGUGUCGAAGAUCAAGAUGAUGAUGAUGAUGAUGAAGAACAAGAAGAGGAAGAGGACGAUGAUGAUGAAGUCUAA